AAGGCCACGGAAACUGGCCCAGUCUCUCGCCGUUAACCAAGGUGUCGUCCUGUGCACCGGCCUCGCAGUCGCCGAUGGAGAGGGGCUCCUCAGUGGAGAGGCACAGAAAUGCACCAGGGCCUUCAACCUGUGCUCCAUCUUCUUCCUCACUUAGAGUGCUCUGCAAUUACGGCGGCGGCGGCGGCGGCGGCGGCGGCGAAAAUAGCGAUUAUUCAGGAUGCGAUUCUCAACCCUUCACUGCUUCUUGGGCGUACGCCGUGCUCGGGCUUGAGCCUCAGUGCUCGUCGGCCCAACUCAAAGCAGCUUUUCGAUCUAAAGUGAAGCAGUGUCAUCCUGAUGUAACAAGAGGCGAGCAAAAUUCGGAUACAAUGAUUCGGCAUGUGAUUCAAGCCUAUGAGAUCUUAUCCAACUAUAGCAAAUCAGAAAUCAUUGAGAGAGAAUUUAUGAAUCCAUUCGACCAGCCAGAAUGCGAACCAUGUGAUAUCUUCGUCAAUGGGAUUCUUUGCAUUGGUCGAGGUUGUCCAUAUUCAUGUGUAAGAACAGCACCUCGUGCAUUUAAAUUUUCUUCAGAAACCGGGAGAGCUUUUGCUGCUUCUCAAGGGCAUGGUGGUGACUAUAAAGUUCACCUUGCAGUCGGUCAGUGUCCGAGAAGUUGUAUUCAUUAUGUUACACCAUCACAGAGAACUAUUCUGGAGGAGCUUCUCGACAGCAUCCUGAAUGUGCCAUAUGAUACUUCAGCUGAGGCCGAGUUGUUGUACGGUCUCAUUGUCAAAGCCAAAUAUGAGAAUAACCGUUACCAAGUUCCUAAAGAAAAGGCCAAGGCCUCAAACGAACAUGUCGAUUGGUUAUAA